AUGUCUCUCCAGGUAAUUCCUCAUCAGCCACCUCAUGUUGAGGGACAUCCCGGCAGCCCCUCUCUUGGCGAAAGGCAUCACGGUCAUGGUGGAGGGCAUAAUCGUGAAGAACAUGGUCACGACGGAGUAGGCUGUUGUCAUGUUGGUGGACAUCAUGGGGGGCUUGGUCGUCAUGGUCAUCGCGGAAGGGGACAUCAUGGUGGGCAUGGUCAUGGGCCUGGAAAGUUUGGAAAAAUGUUUCGCUACAGAAAUCAUCAUCAUCACCAUCCACCCUAUACUGUUCAGGGACACCACGGCGGCCACUGUCAAGGCGGAGGGGCGAAUUCCCAUAUGAUGUGCGGACAUCACAGAGGGCAUGGGCAUGGGCAUGGACAUCACAGAGGGCAUGGGCAUGGGCAUGGGCAUGGGCAUGGACCUCAUGGUCACGGUCCUCGUGGAAGGGGGCAUCACGGAGCUGGCUUAACCUUGGAGGUGCCCGAGGACAUCGUGGUGGGCAUGGGCACGGUGAUCAUCACAUGA